CCUGACGUCACCGCAGAAAAGGCAGACAGAUCCUCGGAUCGCGGGGCCGAGCCGCGCAAAUGGGCGACGAGGAGGAGGAGGAGGCGCGCGCCGUCUCCCGGGGCUCGCUCGCUGCGCUCGUGCGCCACCUCGGCACGCCGCGUCCCCGUGACCGUCCCGCGUGACCGUCCCGCGUGACUCGUCCCGCGUGCGCGCGGCGCAGAGGAUCGUCCGCUCGAGUCCACACGGAGCUCCAGGAGCGCUGAGUCCUCUCUCGGAUAACAGAAGGCGGCGGCUGGCGGGGGGGGGGGGGUGUCCAGGGGGAGGUGGGGCAAGGGGGAACGCGGCUCGUUUGAGCCCCUCUCGCGAGGUGGGAGGAGGAGGAGGGGGGCGCUCGGCGGGAAGGGGGCUCAGUGCUUCCUCCCGCUUCGCCCUGCGGGAGGAGGGAUGGCGGUGACCCGGGUGCCGUGUCUGGUGCUCGCGAUGGCCAUGGCGCUCGCCGCGCGAGGGGCGCUCACAAACGACAUCCUCGGACUCAAGCUGCCCCCGGAGCCCGUGCUGAACGCCAACACCGUGUGCCUGACCCUCGCGGGACUGAGCCGGCGGCAGCUGGAGCUCUGCAUGCGCAGUCCAGACGUGGCCGCGUCCGCCGUGCAGGGAGUGCAGAUCGCCAUCCACGAGUGCCAGCACCAGAUGCGCAACCACCGCUGGAACUGCUCUUCGCUCGAGACCAAGAACAAGCUGCCCUACGGCAACACCAUGCUCACGCGAGGCUACAGGGAGACGGCGUUCGCGUACGCGCUGGCGGCGGCGGGCGUGAUGCACGCCGUGGCGAGCGCCUGCAGCCUGGGCAAGCUCAAGACGUGCGGCUGCGACGAGAAGCUCAAGGGCGACGAGGAGGCGUUCCGCGUCAAACUGAUCAAGCUGAAGAUGCAGAUGCUGAGCCAGGGGAAGGCGGCCGCCAACGGCGUCUUGCCGCACGUGCCGGCCGACGCGCCUGGCUCGCCCGACACCUGGGAGUGGGGCGGCUGCAGCCACGACCUCGAGUUCGGGGAGAAGUUCUCGCGUGACUUUCUGGACUCGCGCGAGACGUCCCGCGACAUCCACGCGCGCACCCGCCUGCACAACAACCGCGUCGGACGGCGGGUCGUCCUGGAGCACAAGAGGCGCAAGUGCAAGUGCCACGGCACCUCCGGGAGCUGCCAGCUCAAGACGUGCUGGCAAGUGAGCCCCGACUUCCGCACGGUGGGCGACACGCUGCGCGACCGCUUUCACCUCGCCGCGUUCCUGGCGCCGCACAACCGGCACGGCGGCCCGGCGCUGGCUCUGGUGUCCGGCGGAGGCCACCACCACCAGCACCACCACCAGGGCUCCUCCUCGGCCCAGGUCACCGGCCGCCGCUACCGGCCUCCCGACGACGGGGAGCUGCUGUACUUUGAGCGCUCGCCCACGUUCUGCGAACGCGGCGCGGGCAGCGAGUGGCCCGGCACCCAGGGCAGGGUGUGCAACCGGACGAGCUCGGGCGCGGACGGCUGCGAGAGCAUGUGCUGCGGGCGCGGCCACAACCAGAUCAGCGAGAGCCGCAUGGAGCGCUGCAACUGCAAGUUCCACUGGUGCUGCUACGUGGUGUGCGAGGAGUGCCACAGCAGCGCGUGGGUCAACGUGUGCAAGUGACGCGGCGGCGGCGGCGGCGGUGGCCGCGAUGCCCCUGACCGACCGUGAGGACGGACUCCGCUUGUCAGUCGCUGUUGUUGUUGUUGUCGUUGUCCCCGUCGUGGGGAAGCGCCGAUGAAGCCAGAGAGGGCUUCGUGAAAGACUGGCACCUAAAGACUCGUGGUGUGUGUGUGUGUGUGUAGUGGUGAUGUGCGCGUGCGCGUUCGUAUGUACGUAUGUGCAUACGUGUAUAGCAUUUAACCUGUGGUCAGACGAUCACACGUUGAAACCCCAGCCAUCGUUUCCCCAGAAUCAAUCAUCCGAAUAGCAGUUAAAUAUCAGUCAACAAUGGUUCUCAUAUAUAGAGACUAAGCCCCGCCAUAGCAAUGUGUCAUUUCCACCGCAUACUCAAGGCUGCCGAUGGUGAUGGCAAGAGAGAGGACACACAAAGAUAAAGAUUCCCUGUAUAGCCUUUAACAGACUGUUGGGCAAGAGCUGGUAGGCGAGCACCUUUCAUGGCCGGCACGGCACGCGAGGGGGUCCGUGGCCAGCGCCACGCCUGGCCACCUUUGUCUCCCCAGUGCCGAUGUUUACACACCGCAGCAGGUACUCACGCGAGGCUGCGUCGACCUAGAGAAGACCCAGGACCGUUUCAAUUAAUCUUCACUGUUAUUGGCCACGGGCUGUGUUUGUGGUGCAGCGCCCUGACCGCUGCACUGCCACUCCCCACCAGAGAGAGGACGACACACACACACCGCUACGCAAUGAUCAGCUGAAUGUGCCGUGUUGACGAUGAGAAACUUUCACAGCCCGCGCGGUCCCCUUUGCACCGCCGCACGCAGUGCAAGAAUAUACGCACGCCGUGAAUGUGCCGGUGAUGAAUCUCGCCAUCCGUUGUAUUUUUUUUUCUGCUGUUCUCAAUUUUACAAUUGCGUCUCCCCAACCCCUCCACACGUCCUCGCGGUUGAGCUUCAGAGAAGAGAACGCGGCCGGCACUCGAAAACGUCUCAGACGAGUCCCCGUGGAGCAAUCUAUCGUGGCUUUUGUUGUUGUUUUUUAAAAAAAAGACUCAUCAUUAACGAAAGCAAAAACAAAGUGAAAUAGGUGGGGGAGCGGGGCGCAUUUCCCACGCCAACAAAGGCCCCCACGAUCCAUAUCUCGCAUGUGAACGCGCUGGCCCUGCGUGAGAUAAGGCCCUGUGCGAACGACCACCCAACCCGCCUGGAGGAGAGGGAUGUUCGAAGAAGGAGGAUGACGCAUCGGGGCAUGCGGGACUCGGAUGCGCCUGUCUGCGCUCGAUCACCCAGGCACGCACGGAACCCUGCGCGCGGUUUUUACAUGGGAACCACCACCACUCUGUCAAAGUGAGCGAGCGCGUGCCGCACGCGUGUGCUUUUCUUUUUUUUCGUCUUCUUCUUUCUUUCUAUAACGGUGAUAUGAACACGAUGUACAUAGAGAAUAAAGUUACUGUAUCGUGUU